AUGUCACCUCUCGCCGCCCUGCACGACGCCUUGCCUCUGCUCUCAGUUGUUCACGAGGAACACGAGGAGCAGGAUUCUUGCCAUGGCUCAUGUCUUACGCGAUGGAAAGUCGGCUUCGCUGUGAUUCUCCUGUUUGAGGGGCUUCUCUUCGGCCAUGCUGCUUACUUCGUAAAGCGACUCACGGCCGCACGGGCCUUUCAUAUAUCCAUGCAUUUUGGAAAUGCUCUUUCUGCUGGUGUUUUUUUCGCUGCUGGCAUGUUACAUGUCUUUCCUGAAGCUAUGGAGCUACUUGGAGGUGGUGAGAGUUCGGAGAUCCAUCACAAUGAACGACAGGAGGAUGAUGAGGAGCACGAUGAGGAGGAAGGACAUGGGGGCCAUAGCGCAGAGUUUCCAUGGGCUGCCCUCGUGCUCAUGCUCUCAUUCUACUUUCUGUUUUUCGUAGAACAGAUUCUCAUUCCAAAGCUAUCUCGAAGUCGCCCUGCGCAUGAUGAUCAAGCUGCACUAAAAAGCAGUCCCGUAGAUCGAGAUGUAGAAGAAAACGAAGUAGCUUCAAUGAAGAAAGUAGAACCAGAAAACGAAAAAGAGCUAGUCUCUGUCGGCUUCAAGUCCAGGGAAUUCGUACACGGUCUGAUCCAAAUCCUCGGUGUUUCUGCACACAGCCUGUUCGAAUCCAUGGCAUUAGGUCUAUCUCAAGAGUUUGACACUGUGCUGAACAUCUUUAUUGCGACGGUGUCCCACCGCUGGGCGACGUCGCUGGCCCUUUCGUUCAAGCUUUCUCGGUCGCUAUCUUACUGGGCUAUCAUAGUACUGUUUCUUAUUUUUUCUGGGAUGGUUCCAUUCGGAAUCGGCAUCGGCGCUGCUCUUUCGCAAUUGCCUGAAAAGGCUCAGGGUGUAUUGUUCGCCGUCUCCGCUGGCACUUUUAUUUAUAUCGGAGUCUAUGAAUCGAUGGCCGAAGAAUUUGUGCAGCAUGAAAAGUGGCAUGGCCGGAAAUUUAUUGCUACACUCUGUGGAGCCGGGGUAAUUGUAGUUACGACGGCCAUUCUCGUAAGGUUUGAUGUGCAUGGGUAGGAGUCGUCAAGCCUUUGCCCUGGUACAGAUUCGGCAAUGCGCCGUGCUUGGCACUGGUGGCGGCGACAGACCGAAUCUCCAAAGAAUAUUCAAUUUUUGCCCUUUCCUUAGUUAUCAUUGAACUGAAUUCAGGUGCUGCGUGUAGUUGAAUUACUAGUACUGCGAGUAAACUACAAAAAUU